UUUACAGUUUCUUCAAUGAAAAACGUGAAGGAAGGGGUAUAUUCGAAAGCUAUAGCUACGGUAGUCUUCUUGGUUGUUUUGAUAGCUAAGCUAUCAGUACUCGGUUCUCAUCAGUUCCAGACACUUCUUGAAAAGGUGUGCGCAAUGUGGAAAGCGGUUCCUCCAAUUUUCAUCCUCACAGCAGGAUUAGCGUAUUACAUCAAUUCCCAGCAAUCUGAUCCAGAAAUACCAAAGCUUCCAGAAACAUUUUGGGGACCAAAAGAAAAAAUCGGUAAAGAGGAUACGAGUAUAAGAGAAUUUAAAAUCGACAUUUCACAAAAGAUAAUAGACGACCUUCAUGAACGAUUGGAUAAAUAUUUCAAUACUGCGAAUUUAAGACCAAAAAUUUCACCCUUAGAAGAUGCUGAAUGGACCUAUGGACUUAAUUUUCAAUAUUUGCAAAAUGUACUUCGCUACUGGAGAGAUAAUUAUAAUUGGAAAAAAAGACAAGAACUACUUAACAAAUAUCCUCAAUUCAAGACCAACAUUCAAGGAUUGGAUAUUCACUUUUAUCGAGUGAAACCGACUUUGCCAAAGAAUAAAAAAAUAAAAGUUUUACCUCUACUUAUGGUCCACGGAUGGCCUGGAUCGGUAGUUGAAUUCCAAAAGAUUAUUCCAAUGUUGACAACUCCUCGAGCAGAUAAAGAUUUUGUUUUCGAAAUAAUUGCACCUUCUCUACCGGGUUAUGGAUUUUCGGAUCCUGCUGUUCGUCCUGGAUUAGGCGCCACACAGAUUGCUGUGGUAUUUAAAAAUUUAAUGGCUCGAUUGGGAUAUAAUGAAUUCUACACACAAGGUGGAGAUUGGGGGAGUAUAAUUACCUCCAAUCUUGCGACUCUAUUUCCCGAAAAAGUAAUUGGAGCUCACUUGAAUAUGUGUGGCAUAAAUACGCCAUCAUCAUUAUUUUGGACUCUGCUUGGAACAUAUUUACCUUCGGUCGUCGUUGAUAAGGAACAUGCCUCCAGAAUGUAUCCCAUGAGUCAUCAUUUUAGCAGAUUGUUAGAGGAAAGUGGAUAUUUCCAUCUUCAAGCGACAAAACCAGACACUAUUGGUUCUGCAUUGUCAGAUACUCCAGCUGGUUUGGCAGUUUAUAUUUUAGAAAAAUUCAGCACCUGGACAAAUCCGAAGUAUAGAUUUCGAGCCGAUGGUGGUUUACUGGAAAAAUUCAAAAUGGAUGAGUUGUUGGAUAAUUUAAUGUUGUACUGGGUUACAAAUUCAAUAACAACUAGUCAGAGACUUUAUGCCGAAAGUUUCAGUAAAGCUCACUUGGCAUUAAACAUGGAUAGAGUGCCAUCUCAUAAACCGACUGCUUGUGCAAUGUUUCCUAAUGAACUUGUUUAUCAAUCUGAAUCACUUCUUAAAUCAAAAUACAGGAAUUUAAUUCAAUUCAAUCAUUUACCACGUGGAGGUCAUUUUGCUGCUAUGGAGGAACCAAAACUUCUUGCUGAUGAUGUCUAUUCUUUCGUGGAGAAAGUGAAAAAUUUGUCAAAGUCCAAAGAGUAAAUGAAAAAAAAAAAUUUAUUUAAAAAUCUUUAAUAGGUUUUUAUAAAAGAGCUGUGAAACAUAUUUUUUUAAUUUUUUGUAAAAACACCGUUUGUUGAAUUAUUGUUUUUAUUUCUAAAUAAAUAUUAAUUUUUAUAUAGAAA